CUAAAAAAUAUGGGUAAAAUGGGGCCAUCAUGGUUAGUAAAAAGUGGGAAAACUAGGUAUUAAACAAAAAGACUCAAUAUCGGUAAGGCAAGUAAAGCAAAAAAGGUUUAGGGAAGGGCUUGGAAGAGAAAAAUAUUCAAUAAAAGAAAAGUUGAAAUAUAAGUAAAGCAAGUGCUAAAAAAGAAAGAACAAUAUUUAAGGGGAGUCUUAUUGCAUAAAUAAGGACCUAAUUGGCAUUAGGGAAAUAAAGAAUUAUAAAAGAAAGAAAAAUUAGAGUUGAUUUAGCUAAAAAGGGAACUCAAAAAGAAUAGGUUACUUAUAUAAGAGAAUUGAGUUCCAAAGAUUGAUGCUUUUAAUUUAUAUCGAUA